AUGUAUCUGGGUUUUGCAGUUGUAUACCAUCUUACUACUUCUUGGAAAGAUGUUAGUGUGUGGGUCAACUAUGCACGAUGGGAGGAGUCACAGAAGAAAUUUGAACAUGCUCGCUCGGUUUGGGAGCGCACUUUGGAGGUUGAUUAUAGAAACUAUACCUUAUGGCUAAAAUACGCAGACAUGGAGAUGAAGAAUAAGUUCAUAAACCAUGCGCGGAAUGUGUGGGAACAUGCUGUCUCUUUGCUCCACAAAGUAGAUCAACUGUGGUUAAAAUAUAUCCAUAUGGAGGAGAUGCUUGGCAAUGUGGCUGGUGCUAGACAGAUUUUCGAGAGAUGGAUGCAGUGGCAUCCCGAUCAUCAAGGAUGGCGCUCCUACAUUAAGUUUGAGUUGCGUUACAAUGAGAUUGACCUGGCCAGGAAAAUAUACGAGAGACCUGUGCAAUGUCACCCAAAGGCUGAUGCAUGGAUUCACUAUGCAAAGUUUAAAUUGAAAAAUAGGGAAAUUGCUCGAGCUAGGAAUUGCUAUGAGAGAGCAGUUGACAAGUUGGCAGAUGAUGAAGAAGCAGAGCAGCUGUUUGUGGCUUUUGCUGAAUUUGAGGAAAGGUGCAAGGAGACAGAGCGUGCUAGAUGUAUCUAUAAAAUCGCACUGGACCAUAUACCUAAAGGACGGGCUGAGGAGGUUUAUAAAAAGUUUGUCGCAUUUGAGAAGCAGUAUGGGGACAAGGAGGGUAUUAAUGACGCCAUUGUGGGAAAAAGGAGGUUUCAGUAUGAGGAUGAACUCAGAAAGAACUCCCUUAACUGUGACAUUGGGUUUGAUUACAUUCGUUUGGAAGAAAGUGUUGGUGUCAAAGACAAAGUAAGAGACCUAUAUGAGAGGGCUAUAUCCAGUGUCCCACCAGCUGAGGAGAAACGCUAA